AUGCUCUUCAACUUUCAGUCACUGGCCGUCCAGCUCCUUACCGCUGCGACCUGCGUCUCUGCUUUGCCUACAAGCCUCGACAAGCGCGCCGUCAUCGACCAUGACGCGGUCGUUGGCUUUGCUGAGGCCGUUCCAUCUGGCACUGUUGGCACGUUGAUGUUGAAGUACAAGCCGUACCUCAAGGUAACACUGGGUAAGUUUACCCAUUUGCAGAGGGCCUGGACUGGGGUUAACACAAACGGCAGCGGCGGUCUCGCGACCACUGGCUCAUCGGAUAGUGAUUGCUCUUCCUCAACUGGCCAGGUCUACACCCGUGCAGGAAGCUACAGCGGCAAGUUCGGCAUCAUGUACAGCUGGUACAUGCCCAAGGACUCGCCCUCUACUGGUCUUGGCCACCGCCAUGACUGGGAGAACAUCGUCGUCUGGCUCUCUGAUGAGUCCACGUCGGCUACGGUCACUGGUGUUGCCAUCUCUGCCCACGGUGACUACCAGAAGGACUCCUCCCCAUCAUUCCAGGGCACCAGCCCCAAGAUUGGGUACAUCAGCUAUUACCCGGUCAACCACCAGCUCAUUGCUACAACCGAUCUCGGUGGACAACAGCCGCUUAUUGCAUGGGACAGCAUGACUGCGGCGGCCAGGACGGCUAUUGAGAACACUGACUUUGGCUCUGCGACUCCCAGCUUCAGGGACAGCAAUUUCCAGAGCUACCUCUCAGAUGCUUACUUCUGA